AUGAAGAAGAAGAAAGUAAGCUGUGAGACGGUGGACAAUCUCCACCAUUGUAGUGCUAUUUUGUCACAGUCCUUAGUACAGAAAAAGCCUGAUCCUGGUGCUUUCACUAUUUUGUGCACAGUAGGACCCAUGAAAUUUGAGAAAGCUUUGUGUGACCUUGAUGCAAGUAUUAAUUUGAUCCCACUGGCCAUCUAUAAGAGGCUUGAUGUAGGGGCACCUACUCCUACAAACAUGCGAAUCAUGAUGGCAGAUAGGUCAAUUAAAAGACCUGUGGGUAUUCUACAUGACGUGCUGGUGAAAGUGGCCGCCUUCAUUCUCCCUGCGGAUUUUGUGGUUCUAGACUAUGAUGUUGAUUUUGAGGUGCCUAUUAUUCUGGGAAGACCAUUAUUGGCCACAGGGAGAGUGCUAGUUGAUUUGGAGCUUUAA